GAGAGAGAGGGAGAGACAGAGAGAGAGAGAGAGAGAGAGACGCGCAGAGAGAGAAGGAGAGCAGGUCUGCAGUCUGAUUCUUGGCGUCGCACAGACCCGAGACGACGCUGCUGUCUGUGGCUGAGCGCUGCUGCUGAUACUGGGAAUACACACACACACACACACACACAUCCUGCAUAUUUCUCUCCAUCCAGUCACAUCACUGACUAUACGUUGGUCGACAACUUCUAAAAAAACGAGGCGAUUUUUUUUCCCCCAUCCUUGGAUCCGGAUAACAACCUCUGUGGCUCUCUCCAUCAUCCUCCUCCUCCUCUUUCGUUUCAUUUGAAUCUCUCUCUCUAUAAUGACGAGUUUAAACGUGGAUUAUCGGCACCGCAAAUGAAGGACAGAUAAGUGCUGCGGGACAAACUGAAGGAGGGAUCUCCUGGUUCUUUUUGCUUUGUUUGGACGUGGUGAUAUCAAUUCAACAUCUGUGGAGCGGACGAGGGGGAUAUUUGGUGAUUUUGUCCUUUUUACGCGUGCCGGGUAGAUCAGUGACCACUUGAAUCACGUCUCCCCCCCCCCCCAUCCUUACCCUCCCUUUCUCCCCCCCUCUCCUUUCCUUUAGGUGUGAAAUCUAUCUCCUCAGACAGAGAGAGACUCUGAACCCCCUCGGUCCCCGCAUGACAUGGUUCAGUCCAGCUGCGAGAUCCGAGCCUCCUCCAUGCAUUGGGAUUUUUCUCAGCUCCGACACCGAGUGAAUCUCCCUUUUUGGACCAUCUGAGAAAGUAGCAGUGCCUGCACAAGACACACAGAGAGAGAUACAAAAAAAAAAAAAAGAAAAAAAAAAGCCCCUUUUGCCUGCCAUGACCGCCGCUUCAAACCGGGACGGAGCUACGGGACUUGAGGAGAGGAGACCGGAAUGCGCAUGCAGGAGACAGAGAGACGGAAUAGGGAUUUUUGCUCUAAUGAAGGCGGGAGUGCAGGCGCACCAUUGGAGCCGGGUGCUGUUCUUAUACAUGGGGCUACUGGCCACCUCAGUAAAGGCUCAGAACAACUGCAGUUACACACUACACAGUCCCAAUGGGACGAUAGAGAGCCCCGGCUACCCUUACGGUUAUCCUAACUACGCCAACUGUACAUGGGUGAUUGUGGCAGCGGAGCACAACCGGAUACAGCUGGUGUUUCAAGGCUUCGCCCUAGAGGAGGACUUUGACAUCUUGUCUGUGUAUGAUGGGCCGCCGAGUCCGGGGAACCUGCGGACACGGUUAACAGGGUUCCAGCUGCCUUCACCCAUUGUGAGUACAGGCUCCAGGCUCACACUGUGGCUACUGUCUGACUACGCGGUCAGUGGGCAGGGAUUUAAAGCCGUCUAUGAAGCUCUGCCCAGCUACACUUGCGGUAAUCCCGGACAGCUACUUAAUGGCCACCAGCAGGGGUCCACGUUCAACAUUGGGGAUAAGAUCCGCUACAGCUGCAGCCCGGGCUAUGUGCUGGAGGGUCACACCACCCUGUCUUGCCUCGCCACUUCAUCGGGUACUGCUGCCUGGGAUUUCCCCCUUCCCUACUGCAGAGCGGAUGAUGGGUGUGGCGGGACACUGCGGGGCCAGAGUGGGGUGAUCACCACCCCCAAUUACCCAGCCGAGUACAACAACAACGCCGACUGCACCUGGACUGUGCUGGCCGAGCCGGGAGACACCAUCGCCCUGGUUUUCUCCGACUUUCAGCUGGAGGACGACUAUGACCUGCUCGAGGUCAGCGGCACCGAGGGCUCUUCACAGUGGUUCACCGGCCCCAACCUUCCCUCACCCAUCAUUAGCAGCAAGAAUUGGCUUCGGCUGCACUUCACCUCCGAUGGCAACCACAAGUUGAGAGGUUUCAGCGCCCAGUACCAAGUGAAGAAAAUGACUGAACUAAAGUCUCGAGGUGUGAAGAUGUUGCCCAGCAAAGACAACCACCACAAGAUAUCAGUGUUGUCUCAGAUGGGCGUAGCGCAGGGACACAACAUGUGUCCAGACCCGGGGAUCCCGGAUCGAGGAAAAAGAAAAGGCACAGACUACAGGCGAGGAGCCACAGUGCAUUUCUCCUGCGACGAGGGUUAUGAACUGCAGGGCUCAAAGAGCAUCAGUUGUCUCAAAGUGACAGAGAGCUACGUAGGCUGGAGCGACGAUCGGCCCAUAUGUAGAGCACCAAUGUGUGGAGGUCAGCUGAGAGGACCCAGCGGUGUCAUCACAUCUCCAAACUACCCGGUCCAGUAUGACAACAAUGCCAAUUGCACUUGGCUCAUCACAGCCACAGACACAACUAAGGUGAUCAAGCUGACAUUUGAGGAUUUUGACCUGGAGCGAGGCUAUGACACCCUGACGGUGGGAGACGGCGAGGUGGUUGGCGACCAGAAGACCGUCUUCCACGUCCUGUCUGGUACCACCACUCCAGACCUUGUGGUUAGCACCAGUCACCAGAUGUGGCUCAACUUCAAAACAGAUGACACCAGUGGCUCCCUGGGAUUCAAGGUGUCCUACGAAGAAAUUGACCAAGGCAGUUGUGGAGACCCUGGAAUCCCGGCUUAUGGCAAACGGGAGGGGGUUGGUUUUCGUCACGGGGACAGACUCUACUUUGAGUGUCUUCCUGCCUUUGAGCUGGUGGGGAAGAAGAACAUCACCUGCCAGAAGAACAACCAGUGGUCGGCUAAGAAACCCAGCUGCGUUUUUUCCUGUUUCUUCAACUUUACCACUCCGUCCGGGGUGCUGCUGUCUCCCAACUACCCUCAGGAGUACGGCAACAAUAUGCACUGUGUGUGGCUCAUCAUCACCAAUCCUGAGAGCCGCAUCAAUCUGGCCUUCAACGACCUCAGCAUGGAGAAGCAGUUCGACUUCCUCUCCAUCAAGGAUGGUGGAAAGGCUGAGUCUCCUAUCCUGGGUACCUUUUCCGGCGACGCCCUCCCUCCUCCUAUAACAACUAGCGCCCAUGUAGCCCGGCUGGAGUUCCAGACUGACCACACGUACACAGACAGAGGCUUUAACAUCACGUUUACAACAUUUCGCCACAACGAGUGCCCAGACCCGGGUGUGCCAGUUAACGGGAAGCGCUUCGGUGAGAGCCUCCAGCUCGGCAGCUCCAUCUCAUUCCUGUGCGAGGAGGGCUUCGUCAAGACCCACGGCUCGCAAACCGUCUCUUGCAUUCUCAAAGACGGCAACGUGGUGUGGGAUAAUGCAGUCCCCCGCUGUGAAGCCCCAUGUGGAGGGGAUCUGAAGGCUCCCACUGGGAUCAUCCUCUCUCCCGGAUGGCCAGAACUCUACAAGGAGGCCCUUAACUGCGAAUGGAUCAUCGAGGCUCCUCCAGGCUACCCCAUCAAGAUCAUCUUCGACAAGUUCCGCACAGAGGUCAACUAUGACAUCCUUGAGGUGCGCGAUGGACGUUUCCCCUCUUCACCUCUGAUUGGUAGUUACCAGGGCACCCAGGUCCCCCAGUUCCUCAUCAGCACCUCCAGCUUCCUGUAUCUCUUCUUCCAGACUGACAAGAGCCACUCGGACAUCGGCUUCCGCAUCCGUUACGAAACUUUGCAGUUACAGUCGGAUCACUGCGUGGACCCUGGUAUACCUGUCAACGGACAGCGACACGGCAACGACUUCUACGUGGGCGCUUUAGUGACAUUUACCUGCGACGCGGGGUACACACUUAGUGACACAGAGCCUUUAGAGUGUGAACCCAAUUUUCAGUGGAGCCGCCCCCUGCCUAGCUGCGAUGCAUUGUGUGGAGGUUAUAUCCAAGGCAACUUUGGCACCAUCCUGUCACCCGGCUUCCCAGACUUCUACCCGCACAACCUGAACUGCACGUGGAUGAUCGAGACCUCCCAUGGCAAAGGUGUCCAAUUCACCUUCCACACCUUCCACCUCGAGAGCCCUCACGACCAUUUGUUGGUGACGGAGAACGGCAGCUUCUCUCAGCCGCUUUGGAGACUGACGGGCUCCACGCUGCCUUCGCCUCUCAGCGCAGGCCUGUUUGGAAACUACACGGCUCAGAUACGCUUUCUCUCCGACUUCUCUGUUUCCUACGAGGGAUUCAACAUCACUUUCUCUGAGUAUGAUUUGGAGCCAUGUGAAGAUCCUGGAAUCCCACCCUACAGCACCAGAAAGGGCCUACAGUACGGGGUGGGUGACGCCCUCAUCUUCUCCUGUUUCCCGGGUUACCGACUGGAGGGUCCGGCGAGGGUGAUUUGCUUAGGGGGCAGGAGGCGGGUGUGGAGCUCCCCUCUGCCAAGGUGUGUUGCUGAAUGCGGCUCAUCCGUGACUGGCAUGCAAGGGGUGCUGCUCUCACCCAACUACCCCGGUUACUACGGCAACAACCACGAGUGCAUCUACUCCAUCCAGACGCAGCCUGGCAAAGGCAUCCAGCUACGGGCACGCGACUUCAGACUGGAGGAGGAUGACAUGCUCAAAGUCUUUGAUGGCAGCAGUAAUAAGGCUCGUCUGCUGGGGCUGUUUACAGGCAGCGAGAUGCUAGAGACAACCUUGAACUCCACCUCCAGCUCCAUGUGGCUGGAGUUCAUCAGCAAUGCGGAUAACACCAGCAAAGGCUUUGAACUGCACUUCAUUAGUUUUGAGCUGGUGAAAUGUGAGGAUCCAGGUGUUCCCCAGUUUGGCUACAAGCGGGAGGACAAAGGUCAUUUUGCAGGGAGCACCGUGUCGUAUAGCUGUGACCCAGGCUACACCCUGAAAGGCCCUUACGUGCUGACCUGCCUGAGGGGAGAAAGGAGGGCGUGGGACAACCCUCUCCCACUCUGUGCUGCGGAGUGCGGCGGCACCAUCAAGGAUGAGCCUUCUGGUCGUAUCCUGUCUCCGGGCUACCCGGCUCCAUAUGAGCACAACCUGCACUGCAUGUGGACCAUCGAGGCCGCCCCUGGAAGCACUAUAAGUAUGCAUUUCCUGGUUUACCACACGGAGGAGGUCCACGAUGUGCUUCGGAUCUGGGACGGGCCCCAGGAUGGAGGGGUCCUGCUGAGGGAGCUGAGUGGCUCAGUGGUUCCUCUGGACGCCCACAGCACCUUCAACACCGUCAGCCUGCAGUUCACCACCGAUUUCUUCACUAGCAAGCAGGGCUUCGCUCUGCAGUUCUCUGUCUCUACUGCAACCUCCUGCAAUGACCCGGGCAUGCCUGCUAACGGGACCCGCGGCGGCGACAGCAAGGAGCCCGGGGACCAUGUGGUGUUCCAGUGUGAUCCUGGCUACAUCCUGCAGGGGGCCAACAGGAUCACCUGCACGGAGAUCAACGGUCGCUUCUUCUGGCAGCCAGACCCUCCUACAUGCACAGCUCCGUGCGGUGGCAACCUGACAGGCCCUAGUGGGCUCAUUCUGUCUCCAGACUAUCCUGAACCUUACCCCCAUGGGAGGGAGUGUGACUGGACCGUCUCUGUCACACCGGACUACGUCAUCGCUCUUAGCUUCAACCAGUUCAGCUUGGAGCCCAGUUAUGACUUCUUACAUAUCUACGAUGGGCCGGACUCCCUCAGCCCCUUGCUGGGUAGUUUUUAUGGCACAGACGUUCCAGAGCGCAUCGAGAGCAGCCUCAACACACUCUUCCUAGCUUUCCGCAGCGAUGCUUCCCUCAGCAGCAAUGGAUUCGUGCUGCAGUACACAGAGAACCCCAGGGAGUCUUGCUUCGAGCCGGGCCUGGUGCGCAACGGGACUCGGGCGGGCGCCGAUCUCAAGCUGGGCUCCACCGUCACCUACCACUGCGACAGUGGCUACACACUAGAGGGAGACCCAACCCUCACUUGCAUCAUGGGGGGAGACGGCAAGCCGAGCUGGAACAAACCCAAACCCAUCUGCAUUGCUCCGUGCGGUGGACAGUACUCAGGUUUGGAGGGAGUGGUCUUGUCUCCCGGUUACCCCGGCAACUACAGCAGUGCACGAACCUGUCUGUACACUGUGGUGGUGCCCAAGGAUUACGUGGUCUUCAGUCAAUUCGCCUUCUUCCAGACAGCUCUGAAUGACAUCGUGGAGGUUUACGAUGGGCCGACGCAGCACUCUCGCGUUCUCAGCUCCCUUUCUGGAGCACAUACAGGCGAGUCGUUGCCGUUAGCAACCACCAACCAAGUCCUGAUCCGCUUCACCUCCAAAGGCCAAUCCAGCUCUAGAGGAUUCCACCUGGUCUACCAGGCUGUGCCACGGACCAGUGCCACGCAGUGCAGCUCAGUCCCCGAGCCCCGGAAUGGCCGCCGUAUGGGUAACAACUUUGCUGUUGGCGCCGUGAUCCGCUUUGAAUGCAGUCCAGGUUAUAUGCUGGAAGGACCGAGCGCCAUCGAGUGUUUGACGGUUCCCAAUGCCCUGGCACAGUGGAACAGCUCCAUACCCAGCUGUAUAGUUCCAUGUGGAGGCAAUCUGACCCACCGAACUGGCACCAUCUUAUCUCCUGGCUUUCCCGAGCCUUACCUCAACAGCCUCAACUGUGUCUGGAAGAUCACUGUUCCCGAAGGAUCGGGAAUCCAGAUCCAGGUAAUCAGCUUUGUCACGGAGCAGAACUGGGACUCGCUGGAAGUGUUCGACGGAGGAGACAACACUGACACCAUGCUUGGCAGCUUCUCAGGCACCACGGUCCCGGCUCUCCUCAACAGCACCUCCAACCAGCUCUACCUCCACUUUUUCUCUGAUAUUAGUGUGUCUGCAGCUGGAUUCAGGCUGGAAUACAAAACGGUGUCUCUGACCAGCUGCCCAGAGCCUGUGGUUCCUAUGAAUGGCAUCAAGGUUGGGGAACGUCUUCAGAUGAAUAACGUGGUGUCUUUCCAGUGUGAACCUGGAUAUACUUUACAGGGGAACUCACAUAUCACCUGUAUGCCUGGAACCGUCAGACGGUGGAACUACCCACCUCCUCUCUGCAUAGCUCAAUGUGGAGGAAUCCGGGAGGAGAUGGAGGGCAUGAUUCUUAGCCCUGGUUUCCCUGGCAACUACCCUAGCAACAGUGACUGUACCUGGAGAAUCUACCUGCCAGUCGGUUAUGGAGCCAACCUCCAGUUCCUCAACUUCUCCACCGAGGCCAACCACGAUUUCCUCGAGGUACGCAACGGUCCCCUUGAUACAAGCGCAGUGAUUGGCCGAUUCAGCGGCGAGGACGUUCCCUCUUCCCUUCUCACCACCUCCCACGAGACCACGAUAUAUUUCCACAGCGACCAUUCGCAGAACAAACCGGGGUUCAGAUUCGAGUACCAGGCGUAUGAGCUACAGGAGUGCCCCGAUCCCGAGCCUUUCCGUUACGGAGUGGUGGUGGGCGCUGGCUUCAACGUGGGCCAGUCUAUUUCCUUUGAGUGUCUGCCCGGGUAUCAGCUAAUGGGACAUUCCAUCCUCACCUGUGAGCAUGGCACCACCCGCAACUGGGACCACCCUGUACCUCGCUGCGAAGUGCCUUGCGGUUGGAACAUCACAUCAGACAAUGGGACCAUCUUCUCCCCGGGAUACCCAGAGGAGUACCCUAGCUCAGCUGACUGCUCCUGGCUGAUCACCGUGGCGACCGGCUUCGGCAUCAAAAUCAACUUCACCCUGCUUCAGGUUCACGGGCCGCACGACUUCAUCACUCUAUGGGAUGGUCCACAGGAGACAGCCAGAAAACUGGGAGUGUUCACUGAUGGAGAACCAAAUGACCCGCCCAGUAGCACAUCCAAUCAGGUGCUGAUACGUUUCCGUAGUAACACAGAAAAGGGUGGGCUAUUCCGUAUCGGCUAUCAAGCUUACAGGCUGCAGUUCUGCCUGGCUCCCCCCAUCAUUCCUAACGCAGAGAUCCUGAUGGCAAGCAAAGAGUUUAAAAUUGGUGAUAUAGUGCGCUACCGAUGUCUUCCAGGCUACCAGUUGAGUGGAAACAGCAUCCUGACUUGCCGUUUGGGGACACACUUGGAGUUUGAGGGGCCUCCGCCCUCAUGUGAUGUGACUUGUCCCAUGAAUGAGGUGCUGACAGCUUCCACGGGCGUCAUCUUGAGCCAGUCACCAGGCAGCGGUUUCCCCCAUUUUGAGUCCUGCUCCUGGGUGGUCAAAGUAGAACCCGGCUACAAUGUCACCUUCACUAUAGAGCACUUCCAGACCAGCCGUCAGUUUGAUGAGCUCGAGAUCUUUGAUGGCCCGUCCAGACAGAGCCCUCUCCUGAUUACCCUCAGUGGUAACUAUUCUAACCCACUGAGCAUCACCAGCUCCACUAACAAAGUUUACCUGCACUGGUCCUUCGAUCACACCACCAGCCACAAAGGCUUUCGCAUACGCUACUCAGCGGCCUACUGCAGCCCUCCAAGUAACCCAGUAAAUGGCACAGUGCACACUCUGACGGGCACUAAGCUGGGCAGCACCCUGCGUUUCAGCUGUGACCAGGGCUUCCGGCUUAUUGGUCAGAGCAGCGCCACCUGCACCCGGACUCCACAGGGGAUCUACCAGUGGAAUGCACCAGUGCCACUUUGCCAAGUCAUGUCGUGUGGGAUGCCGGUGCCUCCAGUUAAUGGCAGUAUUGUGGGCCAGGACUUCUCUCUAGGAGCCAGGGCCACGUACCAGUGUAAUCCCGGAUUUCGUCUUGCCGGGCCUGUCACCACCUCAGUGGCCUGUCAGGAAUCUGGGAGGUGGAGCCCCAUCGAGGCGCCGCCAAGAUGUAUUCCGGUGACCUGCCCUGACAUUGGCCACUCUGCUGUGGAGCAUGGGAGAUGGAGGCUGAUCUACGGUACUCAAAACCAAUACGAUGCUAUAAUGAUGCUCAUAUGUGAUCCUGGAUAUUACUACCGAGGUCAAAGGGUCAUUCGCUGUCAGGCAAACAGCACCUGGAACUACCCGGAUCCACGGCCAGUCUGCGAUAUCAUCUCCUGCGGGGACCUUGGGACGCCACCAAAUGGCAACAAGAUUGGAACCCUGACUGUGUACGGAGCCACUGCCAUUUUCUCCUGCAACACAGGAUACACCUUGGUGGGCUCUCGGGUACGAGAGUGUAUGUCCAACGGGCUUUGGAGUGGAACACAGGUCCAGUGUCUAGCUGGCCAUUGUGGCACCCCGGAGCCCAUCGUGAAUGGACAGAUCAAUGGGGAGAAUUAUAACUAUCGAGGCAGCGUUGUGUACCAGUGCAACCCAGGAUUUCGUCUCAUCGGGGUGUCGGUGCGAAUCUGUGAACAGGAUCACCGCUGGUCAGGACGCACGCCUGUCUGUGUCCCCAUCACAUGUGGUCACCCUGGUAACCCUACCUUCGGUAUGACCCAAGGAACCCAGUUCAACUUAAACGAUGUCGUGCGCUUUGUCUGCAACACCGGAUAUGUUCUGCAGGGGGCUGUGAAAUCUAGCUGCCAGGCCAACGGGCAGUGGAGCAACGCCCUCCCCAGGUGUAAAAUUGUGAACUGCACAGAGCCAGGUCAUGUGGAGAACAGCAUCAGGCAGGUACUGCCCAGCGGACCGCAUCGCUACAGCUUCCAGACCACCGUGUCGUACCGCUGUAACCCUGGCUACUACCUGCUGGGCACCAGCUCCAUCUCCUGUCAAGGGGACGGUACCUGGGACCGCUCCCUGCCCAAGUGCCUGUUGGUGCUGUGUGACCGCCCCAGCAUGCCUCCCUACGCCCAGAUCUCCGGCGACCGUCGGACAGUGGGCUCAGUCAUCCGCUACAGCUGCAUCGGCCAGCGUACCGUCAUCGGCAACACGACGCGGAUGUGCCAGCUGGACGGCCAGUGGAGCGGCUCGCCGCCACACUGCUCCGGCGAGUCUGCCGGGCUGUGCGGAGAUCCAGGCAUUCCUGUGCACGGUAUCCGUCUGGGAGAAGAGUUUUCAGUGAGCAGCGUUGUCCGCUUUAGCUGUGAGCCCGGCUACACGCUGAAGGGUUCUCCAGAGAGGAGUUGCCUGACCAAUGGGACCUGGGUCGGCACCCAACCUGAGUGUCAUGUGAUCUCCUGUGGAAACCCGGGAACUCCAAGGAAUUCCCAGAUCCUGAUCCACGAUGGCCUGACGUUUUCCAGAUCCAUCACUUACUCUUGCAGGGAGGGCUACUACUCUACCGGCCUGCUUACCCGACACUGCACUGUCAACGGGACCUGGACCGGCAACAUGCCCGAGUGCUCCGUAAUCAACUGUGGUGACCCUGGAGUGCCAGCCAAUGGUGUGAGGUUGGGCAAUGAUUUCAUCUACAACCACACAGUCAGUUACCAGUGUUCUCCUGGUUUCACCAUGGACGCAGACCGGGCCUCGACUCUUAUCUGCACCAAGGACCGCACCUGGAACGGCACCAAACCUCUCUGUAAAGCGAUCUUAUGUGGUCAACCACCCGUCAUCCCUAAUGGACAGGUUGUCGGUACGGAGUUCAUCUGGGGCUCUAGCAUCAGCUACUCCUGCAACCAAGGUUACCAGCUGUCCCUACCCACUGUGUUAACAUGCCAGGGCAACGGCAACUGGAGUGGAGAGAAACCCCAGUGCUUCCCUGUGUUCUGUGGAGACCCAGGGAUGCCAGCCCAGGGAAGGAGGGAGGACCGAGGAUUCACCUAUCUGUCCUCUGUCUCCUUCUCCUGCUACCCUCCCCUAGUCCUGGUGGGCUCUACCAGGAGAUAUUGUCAGUAUGAUGGCACCUGGAGUGGCACACAACCCUCUUGCAUAGAUCCCACUCACACUACCUGUGGGGACCCUGGCACUCCUCUGUUUGGAAAUCAGAACAACAGCCAAGGCUACCAGAUCAGCAGCACUGUGUUCUUCAACUGUAGAAAGGGCUACUUACUUCAGGGCUCCAUUUCUCGCACUUGUCUGCCCAUCCUCACUUGGAGUGGUUUUCAACCUGAGUGCAUUGCCCACCACUGCAGCCAACCAGAGCUGCCAGCCCAGGCUGAUGUGAGAGCCAUUGAACUGCCAUCCCUUGGCUACACGCUGAUCUAUACGUGUCAGCCUGGCUUCUACUUGGCCGGAGGAUCAGAGCACAGGACCUGCAGAUCCGACGGGAGCUGGACAGGGAAACAACCUCUUUGUGCAGCUGAUAAUCGCCCAAGUGGUAAGAGCCCAGUGGGGACAGUGCAGGAGCCACCCUCCAAAUUACCAGUCCCUGGUGGAGUAUUCGCUAAGAACUCUCUGUGGAGGGGAUCCUAUGAGUACCUGGGGAAGAAGCAGCCAGCCAUGCUCAGCAUCACUGCCUUUGAACCGUUUAGCAACCGGGUCAACGGGACACUAAUCGACCACAGCGGAGUGGAACUCAAACUGGCUGGUACAUAUAAGAAGGAGGAAGCCCAGCUGCUGCUACAGGUCCACCAGAUCAGAGGCCCUGUGGAGAUCUUUGUCAACAAGUUCAAAAUAGACAACUGGGCGCUAGACGGACAUGUGUCCUACAUCUCUUCAUCCAACUCCUUUGUGUACCAGGGAUUUGUCAGAGGAAAAGGCUUUGGCCAAUUUGGUCUCCAGAGACUGGAGAGUUUAGAUCCCAGGGGAGACAACCCGGGCUACAACUUUGCGUCCAACAGCAGCUCAGUGGCGGCAGCCAUCCUAGUGCCUUUUAUAGCCAUGAUCAUCGCAGGCUUCGCUCUGUACCUCUACAAACACAGGAGAAGACCCAAAGUCCCCUUCAACGGUUACGUGGGCCACGAGAACACUAACGGACGAGCUACGUUCGAGAACCCGAUGUACGACCGCAACAUCCAACCCACUGACAUCUUGGCCAACGAGACAGAGUUCACAGUCAGCACAGUGUGCACAGCUGUAUAGCAGCUGCUUCCUCCAGAGUAAGAGGAGGAGACAUGCACCACAUCUCCGCCUGCCUGCCAUCAGAGGACAUCCAUAGUUCCUUGAGCAGAGGGCAAGACAAAGAUUAUUUUAUUCGCUGAAACAACAUUCAAGAUAACAUCUCCAGUGGCGAAGGCUCUCGCUCGCAGGAGACGAGAAAAAAAAAAAAAAAGAAACCAUGUGAAGACGACUGUAACAAACGCCAACGACAAAAAAUGCUUUUUGUAACUUUACAUGGUUUCUUGGAUCAUUUUCCAUACUUUGAGGAAAAGCUUCCACCUGAGGAGUAACGCUGGAAGCAAAGCUGUGAUGACUUUUCUCACCGCCCUCCGCCUAAACCCAAAGGGAAUAUUAUGGUCAACUUUAAGUCUAGAGAUUGACCUGUAGCUAACAGAGAUCUCUGUGUGGUGGACAGCCCCGUGUUGGCCUGUGUGCGUCAAAGAGAGACAGUCUGGACUGUCUCGAGUCGCUCUUCUCUCUGUUUUUCCAUUUGCUUUUUUUUUUGGUUCUCUUUUUUAUACGCUGCUUGCUUUCUGUGAUGAGUAAUUGGGAACCCUGUUUUUCCCAAAACCGUCUGCUCCUGAGGGCUGUUGAAAGGUUUCAUCGGAGGCCCCCCAAGUCUCUAACUGAGGAGGAAUUAAGAAUUCAGUAAGUUUCAGAGGCCAUGUUGGAGACACACAUCCUAUCAUUACUUUUUUUGAGCUUGACUCAGUCCUCUUUUUUUAUUAUUAUUUUGAAGCAGGGAUGAAAUUCUGCUUGCGGAGGCAGCUCUGUCCAGAGCAGGGGUUUAAAGGUAUAGCGAGGGCUGCUGAAGAAAAAAAAAAGCACUUAGCGAGGUUGUAGAGAGAAUUUGUGUAUAUGUCGGCGAAAGAGAGAGCGUGUGCAUGUGUGUGCGUGUGUUUCUGCACACAUUCGUGGCGGCAUCUGCAAUCUACACAAAAUAUCUCCUGUCUGUUUUGGCCCCCAAAGAUUCUACCAAACACGUGACAGAUUAUUUGCUAAAUUUUCUCCACGUGUAUUUUAUUUUAUUUUAUUUUAAGAAAUUCUGAGGAUUGGGUUUCACUCUACCUGGAUGCUCUGGACACCAAUAAAAACAAAAAGGCUACCCAGAACAAAUGCUGACAAUGUAUAGAUCCACUGAGACAACUAAAGGCAGCGUCAGUCUCUAGUUCCAACUUUCAUCUGCUCACUCUUUGUUUGUAGAGAAUCAUGUGCAAUCACUUUACAUUGUUUUUGUGUCUGGGAGAGACUGAAAAGGAAGCGUUGGAUGGACGAAUCCACCUCUCUAACCGAUGCACCAAAAUCAUGUUAAAUAAGAGGCAAUUUGCUUCACAUCGGUUACGAGUUUCCUGCCGCUGUCGCUCUGAGGCGCUUGAGGAGUGAAAGACAUUGGCUGGGUCACCCGUAGGGAUGGCAACAGUACAUUUCCAUGGAUAUAUAAACGUCUUGGGACCACAUCUCUUUUUUUUUUUCUCCUUCAUUUUCACAAACCAGAAAAAAAACUGUAGCACCAAGUUACAGAGAAACACGUGGUACAUUUUCUUUGGAAAGGACUCCAAGUCUGAUGUCAAAUUAUCCGCUUUUGACUUUCUUUUUUUAAAUCCCGGAUCACAUGUUUCCACAGCUCGAAGGCGGUACCGUACUGUAUUUUUUCUCCGAGAUCAAGAUGCAGUACGAGCUCCCUAAACUUGGCCUUAGGAAAACAACGAUCAAAGUGUGGUCAUGUUUGAACUCCCUCAGAACGUACAAGUUGAAGGCGCUCCUCGAGUCUGAAGAAUGGAUGAGUCAGUGAUAUGUUGCCCCCUCCUGGAUUACAUUCACAUCUUUUCCUCCCAAGUUAACUUCUGACAGCUCCAUUAUUUUUUUUUUGAAAAACAGUAGCUGUUUUGUCUUCUCUCAUCAUGGAAAUGUUACAGACGGCUUCCUCAGAAAUGUGACAGCAGGGGACUUGCUGGCAUACUGAUUACUCCCAUGCACUAAAUUGGAAAUGAUAAAUAUGAUAAGAAAAUAAUGCCUCUAAUGCGAACACUCCUCAAAAUCUGUGGCAACUGGGGAGCGAUGUACCGGAAAUAUUGGUUUUGUAAGUGCGACACAGGAGGGAACUGUCAUCAGUUAUAACAGCAGGACUCUACCGUGGCUGGUGAAUGACAAACAUUCAAAACAUGAAUGCUUUUGUGACCCUUAUAAUGUGUGUGUGUGAGUGAGUUGAAGGAUGUAAACCUCCUGGAUUUCAAACAACCUCUUCCCAGCUAUUUACCACUAACUAUCCCCGUACCUGUGUAUCCUGUGGAUGCUGAGUAGGGUGAAUAGUGCUCGAAUUUCACUGCAGCAAAUUGAGCCAUUACAUGCAAUUUGCUUUAAUUUAGCCUUGCUUCAUUGUCGAACCCCAUAUCGAAUCCUGAAUUCACCUUACCAUUAUCACAGACAGGACAGGCACCUCAGUUAUAUAGUGUUUGACUCAAAACCAUGUACUCUUUCUUUUCAGUGAUAGAAAUUAGAAAAUGUAACUUGCUUGGAUUUGUUUUGGCACAUAACAACAAAGUGGCUUUCACAGUCAAAAUCAACCUCCAUACUGUACCAACAGGUUUUUUUUUAAUGAAGUCACCUACAGUACAUCAUUUCCCUCAGAAAUCCAGGCCUUUUGAAACCAAUCACUGUAUUGUUCCUUCAAUUAGUUUCGCUGUGGGUCGGUAAUUGCAUUUACAAUUUUAUUACUUUUAAAGCUCUCGCUUAUCUCAACAGUACAGAUAGAAUAUUGCCCCUCGCCUGCUCCGGUCGUGAAUUGAUGGAAAAGGAAACGAUUGAAUUACCCUGGAGAUUUCACGGGGAGAGGAGCAGUUGCACUCGCAUUAUCUCGAAGGCAUUGUUGCUCAGUUCUCAUGGUCGUACGUGGCUGUUCGCAUUGUGCAUUUCAUUUUUUUUUUUUUAUAUCCUGAAAUGGCUUCAAAUAUUUCAUAUGCAGAGUCGCUUCAUUGCAUCCCAGUUUAGUUUCUGUUAAGGCCACUUUGAAGUGGUCUUUCCCCCCCUCCAUUCAUUCCUCCCAUGGCAACGUUUAGCACACUUUACCCAACACUUUAUUGAGUACUAAACAAACAAAUGUGAUUAGCUGUGCAGAAUAGGAAAUGAUGCCCCCGCUCCCAAGAUGAUUCUGUUUGACUAGACUGUAGAUUUGGAUAAACAAUGCAGAAGCAUAAGCUCACACAACUAUGAUUGUUUUUACCAAAAAAGGGCUCAGUCUCAAGAAAUUCAGAAAUGGUUUUAAUGGGCCAGUUUUUUACCUCCUUCCUCCAGUCUCCAAUAAGCACUUUACGGUCAUUAUAGUGCCUUGGUACAACCCCCAUGAUAUGAUGAACCAGCUUGCGUGGCUCCGGACAUCAUCAUUUCUUUACUAAGAUUGGGGGGAUUAUAAUGUUUUUAUGUCAGAUAUUUGGAAUUAGAGCUCUUUUUUUCUGGGUUUUUGGUCAAGUCCUUGUUAUCAUCUCGACAUGAAUGACCCAGACACAUACCUACUUUACCUACUGAAGAAACUGGGAGCUCUUUGCACCUGUGUUUUUUGAUCUUGCAGGGAAAAACUGAGCUCGUUAGGAUCAUGUCAGAGAAACCAUCGAUUUUUGCCCCCUUUUUUUUUGCUUUUUCUAAAACAGCAAUGAGCUCAUUAGUACUGUAUUUCGGUGUGCGAGGAUUAAUGUCUUGGAUUUUACGUGCUUGCCUUUGGGUGAGUGUUUGUGUCUUGUGUGUUUUUGAGAGUUACAUUUUCAACCAAAGAAAGUUAUUGAAAUUCAACCACAUUGGAAUUAAGCAAAAUUAAGGUAAAUUAUUUCUCGAGUUUGCUUCCAAUUAGUUCCUCUAGUUAAAAAAAGGCUUUGAUGGUGGAAGAAGGCAUUUUUAAAAAAAUUCAUGCUGUUAAUUUUGCAGAAAUGGGAGAUUUUACUUAACGGGCGCUACAUCUGUGGAAAUACUUUCUUUUUUUAACCCACCUGGGUUAGUCCAGAAAGUUCUCAAAGAAAGUGCGGCACAGUUAUAUGAAGAUCAGUGAGUUCUGGAUGGAGCCGUGCUAUAUGAGUUUUGAAGAGACUCUUACUUGAUAGUGGCUCGGCUACUUCCUGGUUUGCAUAUUUUAAGACAGAAACUCUGAUCAUCCGAGGUUCAUUUUUCGUUAUCAGCCAGACGCAGCUCUGAGUUCUCUCCUGCUCACCAUCUCCUCUAUAAUGAAACACACCUCGGCUAUGGUCUUUGUGAGUUCACUUGAGUUUUCUCACAGACCAAAGGCUUUCUAUUUCUCUCUGCAGCUAGUGCUCUCACUUUCCAACGCAUGCAGGCCACAGUGUACAAGUUUUGAAAAAAAAAAAAAGCAAUCCAUCAGUCAUGCUGUGUGACAUAUUCUGCAUCAACUACCAUUCGUAAUCUCCCAUCUUCCAUUGUCGACGCACAUUGGCGGCUACGACGAAGCCAAAAAUACAUGCUGUGUUUUUCAGGCCCAUUCCAUGCAAUUUGCCUCCACUAUUCAGCCAAUUUCCGUGUGUCUAGUGGACUCGAGCAUGGAGGGAGAGGGUAGGGAGAUGUAUUUUGAAAAAGAGCUUAGAUGAAUUUUAUUCUAUAAAUGGAGAUACGAGUGGACUGGUAGUUCCGGAUCACUGGAGUUAUUAUUACUGGAAAAACUACUGAAUGUAUUUCAUUUCACUGAGUGCAUCAGAAUUUAUCUAUCUAUACUGUGUUCAAUAUAUCUGUAAUCCCACAACUGCUCCUCUGUUUGUGUGCAGUAAUUGAAAAAAAAAAAAAUCUAUGCUACCAUGAUGUGUCAUCCAUGGGAUCGAAACAGAAUGUCCAGUUUAUUUAGAGUAUAAUAUAGCAAAAAUAUACAGAAAAGAGAGAUGCUUUUUAUUACCAGAGACUUUACAUUCCUGUAUUUUUAUCAUGGCAACAAAGUUAUAACAAGGUCCCAUGUUAUUCUUUUUUUUUUUUUUCAUUUCCCUUAUUUCAUGUCAGCCUCUAAAUGAGACUAAAACUCAUGACAACCCAUAGCGCCUAAAUGAGAUCGACAUGGCCCCUUGAACGCCUCAACAAAACAACAAAACAGUACGAGACAAAGAUCCAGCAUCGAUGUCUCGCUGUACACCAAAAGGGGUUACCUGUAAAGAAAUGGACAAACGUGGACUUGAGCAGACUGUGUGUGUGUAACUACAGAGAGCAACUAUAGAGCGGGAAGUGUCUCUAAGAAGAAGAGAAUAUGUUAACGAAUAAAAAACCUUUUUUUGUACAGAGAUAUAUUUUUAUGAAAAUACAUUUGUAAUAUAAAAAGAAAAAAAUGGAUUGACAUAUGUAAAUGUUUUUCUUUUUCAUUAUUGUAGUACAAAUGCUAGUGGGGAGUAUAUGAAAAAUCUCUAUAUAUAUAAAUAUAUAUAUAUAUAUAAAUAUAAAUAUAUACAAAGAAAAAUAGAAACAAAGCUUUUUGUAUAUGUAAAAAAGAUUGUACAUAAAAGUUUACAUACAUACUGUACAUAUGUAAGACCCACCAUGGCUUGUCUGCAAUAUAUAAAAUGUAUUUUAUCCGUCUGUAUAUGAUGCUUUGCAUUGUGUCUAAGCUUAUUCUACUUUCUUGAACUUGAAACUUAUUUUGAAGGUUUUGGAAUAAAAUAUAAAACCUA